AUGGACAUCUCUGCCAUCCUCGACAACCUCCGCCCCGUUGCCCGCGUCUUCUCCUUUCUCGGCCGCAUCUUAAUCUUCCCCUUGCGACUUGCCUCCAUACCCGUGUCGUAUCUCCUGAGCGCCCUUCGCAUCGUCUUUGCGCCGGCGAUAUACCUGGUUGCGUACAUGGCCAGCUGGUGCCGUGCUGUCCUUGACUUUAUUCUUGCUCUUCAGCUCGCCACUGCAGCAGCAGUCGGCGUCUUCGCCGGCUUCACCCUGGCCACCUCCUCAACCGUCAUCACAUCAUACCUCGGCAUGCAAGAUAGUGGCAGCACCGCCCAAGGACCUCGCUCCCGUGCCUCCCAGGGUAAAAAGCCACUGUCGUCCUUAUCAACGCCGACUCUUAAAGACGAUUCAUCCUCUAACGAAGGAGAGUGGUACUGGCCUGAUCCCUCCCCUUCACGCCGCCAUGUUGCAACUGGACUUCUGUCACAGACGAUUCUUGAAGAAGAGGACGACUCUGAUAUAUGA